AACUCCUCCUCCGCCUAAUCCUAUCAAAUUCCGUCAUCCCCUACCUCUCCUCCACCUCCGCCACUAUCGCGUUCUUAAUCGCCGACAAAUCAAUCCGAAUCGUCGACCGCGGCGUCCACUUCUCCAGCACAAACUCCUCCUCCGCGGAUUUUCCUAAGCUCUCAAAACCCAAAAAAACAAAAACAAAUACAAGAGAUGAGCUACGCAGCAACCCCUCUGUCUUUGAUUCCGUUAAUUCAGUUGAAGACCUCAACCAAAUUUCGCGCCAAAAAGAGAAGUGCCACUCUCUCACCUCGUCUUGACAACUCCAAGUCCAACUCAACAGACCCACAACUCAAUCUCUCCGUCCUCCGGUUCACACUCGGAAUACCUGGCCUGGACGAGUCCUACUUACCCAGAUGGAUCGGUUACGGGUUCGGUUCACUUUUGGUCUUGAACCAUUUUGCUGGUUCCGUUUCACCUACUCUACCACAGCUUAGAACAGAGGCCUUGGGUGUGUCUUUGGCUGCUUUCUCCAUAGCACUUCCUUAUCUUGGAAAGUUCCUCAAGGGUGCAACUCCAAUGGAUCAAACAAGUAUCCCAGAUGGGUGUGAGCAAAUGUUUCUGAUAUCAGAAACUACUUCAAAUACUCGGAAGGAGGACUUGGCUUGGGCUACGUACAUUUUGCUGCGCAAUACAAACACCAUAUCAGUGAUAAUAUCAGUUCAAGAGGAACUUUGCGUACGUGGUUACUGGAGCAUACCAGAAGAUGUCUCAAAACCAAAUGUACUUGAUUGGUUUGAGAAACAGAUCAAAAGUAUUGGCCUCUCUAACCUGAAGGAAACCCUUUACCUUCCUCAAAUUGAAGAUUUUGGACUCUGGGAGAUGCUACCCAAGGGGACUCGUUCGCUUCUUGUACAACCAGUGAUGGAUGUUUUGCACCCAAGUGAUAGUGAAAAUGAAAAGAUUCAGGGAUUUGUCUUGUUGGCUUCAAGCAUGAGGUAUGCAUAUAGUGAUAAAGAUAGAGCCUGGGCUGGAGCUCUUGCAAAGAAAUUCAGAGGCAAGUGAAAACAAUAGCUGGAUUAGAGCUCUCAUCAAAAAGCUGAAGCUGUAUCCAUGACGAUUUCUAACACCUGCAACGCCGUUUCUGUGCGACUUGAUGACAACAACUAUCCCAAUCUGGUUAUAUCUUAUGCAUCAUCAUCUUCGUGGUCAUGGUCUAUUCAAAUUUGUUGAUGGUUCAUAUCCAUGUCCAUCUCAGUUUCAAAGUGAAAAUGAUGGCACUCAUUUAGGCAAUUCUGGGCCUUAUGAGCGUUGGCUGGAGCAGGAUAGCAUUGUGAUUUGUAUCAUUACAAAUACGUUUUCUACUGAUGCACUUACUCGUGAUUGGAUGUCAAACUUCAGAAAAGGUAUGGGCUACUCUCAAGAAAAGAUAUGAUUCAAAUUCAGAAUUUCGUAUUAUGCGAUUGAAAUCAGCUAUGCAAAGUAUACAUAAAGGUUCAGAUUUUAUUGAGAAAUCUGUUAAAAUUUAAGAGUUCUAGAGAUCAAUUGGCUUGGCUGCUGUUGGUGUUAGUAUUUCAGAUCAAGAUGUUAAACUAAUGAUUCUAGCAGGGCUUCCUUGUGAGUAUAGUCAGACCAGGCAGAUUAUAAGAAGCAAAAACAAUAUUGAUUCGGAAGAUAUGAGGUAUUUGUUAUUGUCUGCUGAAGCUGAAAUUGAUUUUCAGAAUAAGGCAUUUGCAUUAUCA